GUGCUCCCUGGUGCUGCAUCUUUGAGCCCUGUCACCCCUUUCCACAUGGCCACAGAGCAGCGGGGGGAGCAGCAUGGGGCCCCCCAGCAGCCCCCUGGGGGGGUCAAGGCUUCUGGUAGUGGUGCUGAGGGGCUUCCCUUGACCAGGAGGAGGAGCAGCAAGAAGAAGGGGCUCCGAGGGUCCCGGAAGGACGCCGGCAGCUCUGGGGAACAGCCCCCACCCCAGGGCCCUGAGGCCCCGGAGAGCAGCAGGAACCCAUCUAGGACCAGAGAAGGGCAGGAGGGACCAGGCCCUGUGGCCCCUGCACUGGCCUCUCGUCGCCAGUCCCACCGGCACCGUCCUGCCUCCCAGCACGAUGCUGCUCAGAGGACGUACGGACCCCUGCUGAACCGCAUCUUCGGGAAGGACCGAGAGCUGGGCCCCGAGGAGCUGGACGAGCUUCGGGCCGCCUUCGAGGAGUUUGACACGGACCACGACGGCCACAUCGGCUACCGGGAGCUGGGCGAGUGCAUGCGUGCGCUGGGCUACAUGCCCACCGAGAUGGAGCUCAUCGAGGUCUCCCAGCACGUCAAGAUGCGAAUGGGUGGCCGCGUGGACUUCGAGGAGUUUGUGGAGAUGAUGGGCCCGAAGCUGAGGGAGGAGACCGCACACAUGCUGGGUGUGCGGGAGCUGCGCAUCGCCUUCCGAGAGUUUGACAGGGACAGGGAUGGACGAAUCACCGUGGCAGAACUGCGACAGGCAGCACCCGCUCUGCUGGGGGAGCCACUGGCGGGCUCUGAGCUGGACGAGAUGCUCCGAGAAGUGGAUCUCAAUGGGGACGGCACCGUAGAUUUUGACGAGUUCGUGAUGAUGCUUUCCACUCACUGAGGCCCCCUCCGGCCCCAGACUCCAACAAGCGUCAUGCCGCACACCCUCGGCCCGAGGUCCCAGGGUGAAAGAGACCCAGCAGCCCCAGGCUUACUUCUGCUCCUGCAACAUCUGGCUGGAGAGUUGGCCCCGGACGUCACCUGCCCGCCCUCGUCCGCACCUCCCUCCCGCUCAAGCUGCCUGGAGGAAACCAGCCCUUAAGCUCCCAUCAUUCCCUGUGUGAGCAAGAUGUGGGGUCUCUCCAGCCCUUGGGAGGUAGGGCGCUCCCUGGCACUGGGGGCAUUCGAAGACGGGGCAGUGUAGUGGGGGAUUCUGGUAACACGCUGAAUUGAGAGGGUGGCUGGAUGCCUCUCACUACUUAUAUGUAGAAUUUUUUUUUUAAGCUGAACUUGAAAGGAAAGGAUGACCUCAGGGACCAAAGACAGAGAGAGAACAGAAAGCUGAGUGGUCGAGGGAGCAGAUGCUGCGGGGGCUGCAGAGAGGUUUGGGAGCCUGGGCUCUGACACCCAGGAAGGGACAAAAGACCUAUAAGAAGCUGGGGAGCAAGACAUGACAUCACCCAGUAUAUUUUAGGGUCUCAACGGGCUACCCUGUUCUUGAAAAGGGGAACAGGAGUUCCCGUUGUGGCUGGGGGGUUAAGAACCUGACUAGUAUC